GACAUAGCUUCUACUAUCUUCAUCACAUAACAUAACCGACUUGUCUCUCUUUCUAUCAGAUAAUCUUUCUUCAAUAUUCUUCAAAGAUGGCAUUCAGUUUAUUAUCAAAUAUGCUUUUGCUUUCUACCCUCUUAUUUUAUUUUCUAAUGGCAAUAUCAGAGGCUAAUUUCUACAAUGAUUUUGACAUAACUUGGGGUGAUGGACGAGCUAAAAUUCUCAAUGGCGGCCAGCUUCUUACACUGUCUCUUGACAAGGCAUCUGGGUCUGGUUUUCGGUCCAAGAAUGAAUACUUAUUUGGCAGAAUCGACAUGCAGAUUAAACUAGUUCCAGGCAACUCUGCUGGCACUGUCACCACAUUUUACUUAUCCUCUCAAGGACCAAAUCAUGAUGAGAUUGACUUAGAGUUCUUGGGCAACUCAUCUGGAGAUCCAUACAUUCUCCACACCAAUGUAUUUAGCCAAGGGAAAGGAAACAGAGAACAACAAUUCUAUCUAUGGUUCGAUCCUACAUUUACCUUUCACACAUAUUCCAUUGUAUGGAAUGCUCAAAAGAUCAUUUUCUUGGUGGAUAAUAUACCAAUAAGAGUAUUCAACAACUUGGAAUCAAUUGGAGUGCCAUUUCCCAGUAAGCAACCCAUGAGAAUUUAUUCAAGUCUCUGGAACGCUGAUGACUGGGCAACAAGAGGAGGGCUAGUGAAGACUGAUUGGACAAAUGCUCCUUUCAUUGCCUCCUACAGAAAUUUUAAAGCCAAUGCUUGUGUCUGGUCUUCUGGGUCACCUUGUGCCGUGACGUCCACCAAUUCUUUGCAGGAUAGUAAAUGGCAAGUUCAAGAACUCGAUGCCUCAGGCAGGAAUCGUCCGCGGUGGGUGCAGAAGAAGUACAUGAUCUAUAAUUACUGCUCUGACUACCAACGAUUCCCUCAAGGCCUUCCAUCUGAAUGCAAGAGAUCCAGAUUCCUCUAAAUUAAGAUGUUACUCCCUGUCCACAUGUCCAUUGAUUCUUUCUUUCUUUCUUUCUUUCUUGAUAGGUCAAUUCAGCUAGACAAUGAAAUAUUCUUUAUUCUUUGAUAACAUUUCUUUAUUCUUUCUGUGAUAUAUAUAAUACAUGUAAUUUCAA